AUGAGUAAUAUCGAGGCUGCGCUUGCAGCUAUCGAUGCCUUAGGACCCGGGGAGUCUUUUACGUAUACUGAAAUUGCAAAAAGAUAUGGUGUUGUUCGAUCUACGCUUACCCGGAGACACCAAGGUCGCUGCGCCUCUCCUACAACAGGCUGCCAAAAACGACAGCUCCUCCACCCACAGCAGGAGCAGGCUCUAAUCGCCUAUAUCAAUCGACUGACAGACAGAGGCUUACCACCUACUCAGUCAAUGAUA